UUGCGUGCCCAUUUUUCCAAACAGAUACGACACGCAGCGGCGGACGUCUGUCGCCACAAUCUCGCGCGAUGCGACACGCUGAACCCCCCUUUUCUUAGCCCCCAACGCCUCUCUCGCAGAUCCAUCAGCCGCCAUGGUCCCCCUUGCGGUUCUCUUUUCCCCUCUCUGUUCCAUUGGCCGGCCUUCCCAGAAGCUUCAAAUGUUACUGCUCGGUGACGCACGAAGUGAGCUAUUCCGCGGUCUGUCUUCGUCAGACUGGAAAAGCUUUGAAAUUGCGGUAGGCUUUACAAAUUUUAUAACCUGGAUCGGUGUUGUUGUCUGGUGGUCGUAGCUAGUUAGGGCGGCUUCUCUGGAGCAGUGUUUGAAAUGGAUGAUGAUGCUAAAAGUGAUACGAGGCCUCUGGUGAAGGUGUACCAUGAGAAUUGUCCCGGAUGCAAGCAGGAGCAGAAGAAUGAGGUUCACCGAGGAGUUCCCUAUAGGGAUUUUAUCUUCAUUUGGAUCGUCUCGCUGUGUUCUGCUUUACCAAUAUCAUCCUUAUUUCCUUUCUUGUACUUCAUGAUAAGAGACUUGCACAUUGCGAAAACAGAUGAAGAUAUUGGAUUUUAUGCUGGAUUUAUAGGAUCUUCAUUUAUGAUUGGAAGAGCCUUGACCUCAAUAUUUUGGGGAGUUGUGGCAGAUCGUCGUGGAAGAAAACCAGUUAUAGUCAUUAGUAUCUUUUCAGUAAUGGUUUUCAACACACUUUUUGGUCUUAGCACAAGCUAUUGGAUGGCCAUUAUUUCUAGAGCACUUCUUGGAUGUCUUAGUGGUUUGCUUGGUCCAAUAAAGGCUUAUGCUUCAGAAGUUUGUCGAAAAGAAUAUCAAGCUCUAGGCUUAUCCCUUGUUAGUACCUCACGAGCAAUAGGGUUAAUUAUAGGUCCGGCCAUCGGAGGAUACCUUGCCCAGCCUGCAGAGAAGUAUCCAAAUGUGUUCUCGAAGGACUCAUUGUUUGGCAGGUUUCCUUACUUCCUACCUUGCUUGUGUAUAUCUCUCGUGGCAGCUGUUGCAUUGGUUACCUGUUUAUGGCUUCCUGAGACUUUGCACAUGCACCAUGAAAAAAUUGAUGAUCUAGAGGGUUCAUUGAUUGGGUAUGAGGCAAAAGAAACUAGUGAUGAAACUGAAGAAACUAUGCUGGAAGCUAAGCAAAGCUUGAUUAGGAAUUGGCACUUGAUUUCUGCAAUCACUGUUUAUUGUGUCUUUGCUCUUCAAGACAUGGCAUACUCUGAGAUUUUCUCUUUAUGGGCUGUGAGCAGCAAAAUAUCUGGCGGUUUGAGCUUUUCAUCUAAAGACGUUGGUGAAGUGCUUGCAAUCUCAGGUUUCAGUCUCCUGAUGUAUCAACUGUUUCUUUAUCCACUUUUAGAGAAGUACCUAGGACCCAUCCCUUCAACUCGUGUUGCAGCGAUUCUUUCUAUACCACUGCUAACCAGUUACCCAUUCAUGUCUAAGCUUUCUGGAUUUCUACUUCUUUUAGUUGUAAACUGUGCUUCCUUCUUGAAGAAUAUUUCUUCGGUAACAAUUAUUACUGGGUGUAAUAUCCUACAGAAUAAUGCAGUGUCUCAGCAUCAGAGAGGUGCUGCAAAUGGUAUUUCUGUCACAGCAAUGUCUAUUUUUAAAGCUGUUGCUCCAGCAGGUGGAGGAGCUUUAUUUUCAUGGUCACAAAAGCGUCAACAAGCUUUCUUCUUACCAGGCGACCACAUGGUAUUUUUUGCCCUCAAUGUGGUUACAGCAAUCGGGUUGAUGCUGACCAUGAAACCAUUUCUAACUCAACCAAGCAGUAAGAACUGAGAAAGCCUUAGCUAAGUUUUAGAUAUUAGUUUGAAGGAGCAUGGAUUACUGAUGAAGCAAGACGCCCGAUGCUGAUUUGUGAGGAACAUGACAAUAAAUAGUAAUCUUCGGACAGCAUAUCACAAACAUGUAAAGUCAUGGAAACAUUAGGAAUGUUAAUAAAAGUGUUAAAUUCAUUCAA